CUCUUUAAACAUGAUAAGGAUGCUAAAGCGUCACCAGCUCGACAUGGGAAUGAUUUUAUUACUCUUAUGGCUCUGUUGUUUUAUUGAAGAACAAAAAGUGCAAGCUGGUAACUGCUGGCUACAGCAAGGGAAGAACGGGAGAUGUCAGGUUCUCUACAUGCCUGGGAUGAGUCGGGAGGAAUGUUGCCGAAGUGGGAGGCUCGGUACAUCUUGGACCGAGGAAGAUGUGCCAAACAGCACAUUAUUCAGGUGGAUGAUCUUCAAUGGCGGUGCUCCCAACUGCAUACCUUGUAAAGAGACGUGUGAUAAUGUGGACUGCGGCCCUGGGAAGAGAUGUAAAAUGAACAGGAGGAGUAAGCCGCGCUGCGUCUGUGCCCCAGACUGCUCCAACAUCACCUGGAAGGGGCCGGUGUGCGGCUCGGAUGGAAAAACAUACAGAGACGAAUGUGCCCUUUUAAAAUCAAAAUGCAAAGGGCAUCCGGACCUGGAGGUGCAGUAUCAAGGAAAAUGCAAAAAGACGUGCCGUGAUGUCCUGUGUCCUGGCAGUUCGACUUGCGUGGUGGACCAGACCAACAACGCAUACUGCGUGACAUGCAACCGUAUCUGCCCAGAGGUGACGUCUCCCGAGCAGUACCUUUGUGGCAACGAUGGAAUUGUCUAUGCCAGCGCGUGCCAUUUAAGAAGAGCCACGUGUUUGCUUGGUAGAUCCAUCGGAGUGGCAUACGAAGGGAAAUGUGUCAAGGCCAAGUCAUGUGACGACAUCCAUUGUAGCGCUGGAAAGAAGUGUCUUUGGGACGCCAAGAUGGGUCGCGGCCGCUGUGCGAUUUGCGCCGACUCGUGUCCUGAAAGUCGCUCGGAGGAGGCGGUGUGCGCCAGCGACAACACCACGUAUCCCAGCGAGUGUGCCAUGAAGCAGGCCGCUUGCUCUUUGGGGGUUCUCCUGGAGGUUAAGCAUUCAGGAUCUUGCAACUGUAAGUAACACAUAUUAAAAGACAAUCCAAUGCUGCCCCCAGCAACCUGCCCCCAAACCCCCACCCUCUCCAAAUAACGCCUCUUCAAUACCUUCCUGCUGCUAAGAUUUAAUCUACAGAAAGGACUAAAGAUUGGAAGUUCUUUGCAUGUCCUCUUGGCUGGCUUCAUUCAUUUUGCAUUUUUGGGAAAAGAAUACGGCGAUAUUCAAAAAAGAUAAAUCAAAUGAAGAUCCGUGUAAACAAAUGUUUUAAAGAACUCUCUCUAGGAGUCCUUAUAUACUAAUAUUCUUCAUUUAACUAACAAGAAAAUAUGUGCAGACUAACUUUUGCAGUUAGUGGAAGACGUCACACUUGAAUUCUAGAUCAGUUUGUAAGUGACCCGUUGCGGUUGCUGUUCGAGUUCAUUUUCCCAUUUGUUCUAGUGUAAAUGUAGAGAUAUAUAUACAAUCAUAUCAGCGUGUUGAUUCCAUUGUCACAUAGCUAUGUAAGUGUUUUUAUGAAUUGUUUUUGUUUGAUUUCUGCUUUUGGCUGUAAUCAAUGAUUUCAAAUGCACUAUGACAUAAAUAGCUCUGCCGAUCUGUCCGAGGGUUUGAAAAGAGACGAAUUCUUACGCUCACAUAAGGUGAUUGUAACAUUGGUGCCAUUGUUUUCGAUUCAAAAAGAAAUUGUAUUGCUCAACUUGUAGACUACCUAUUUUGACCGAGCUAGCUGUGAUGGAAACGUGACAGCAGCAAUGAGGAAACAUUCCAAUUCGUGAUAGCAAAUAUAUCGAUUGAUCACUGUGAAGAAAUCCUCAUUUCUCAUCUUGACUGCGUACCUUAAUGUUAUUGUGCCUCAAGGUACGUACAUCAUAUCAAGGGACCAACUUUAGGAUCACCUCAUGGUUUGAAUGACUACAGCAUUUUACAGUUUGCAGGACAAAAAUACGUUGUGUGUAGAGCAAUGCUUUCUCGAUUCUUCUCUGCUGUUAGACGGCUAACAAAAGCAAGGUGAAUUUGUGUAUGCAGUGAUUUUGUGUUGUCCUAAGAAUUGUUCAUUUGUCUGUGAGGGACUUGUUCCAUUGCUUUGCUUGUCUCGUUUUUUCAAUGUAGAAAAAUAUAUAUUAUAUAUACCUCAGACCUGUGCCAUUGACCAUGUAGCUACGGUCGGUGGAUGCACAGGGUGUCACCCUGCCAAGUAACAACUGUGCAUCCAAAAUAAUGGAUUUUGACACGAAACCAGAAAAAAAGCAGCCAGUCGUGGAAUGCAAGAGCACUUUUUUUGUCUCAAUUCACGCCAAACAGACCUGAGCCUUUAAAGCCUCCCAUCAGACUUCUUCUGUCACAGAACUGACUUUUAUUAUGUAAAUCUCGUUGCAUUAUUUUGGUCACACAUCAAGUAGCCUAAACACACAUAAACACGGAAAGCUAGAGUAUGGCUUUCUCAGAGGCGUUGGGAUAAAGACUAUAACUCAAACAUAAAUUCUGCGCUGUUGUGGUCCAUAUUCAUACAACAGCUACCAUGUAUUCUCCCAUAUAGCCAUUACUGAAGACCAGGAGGAUGAUGACGAUGAGGAAGACCAGGACUACAUGGCUUAUGUCCAUUUAUCACCAGUACUGGAUGGAUAAAGCGCCAUCAUCCGGUGGAACAGACCUAGGGCAAGGAAUCAUGUCCACACUGUACAUAUGUGUAUGCUUAUUUAUUUUUCAGAGGAAAAAUUAGAGGUAUACAUGUAUUUCAGUCUGCUCGAUGUUUAUUUAUACAUUGUUUUAUAAUUUAUACAUUUACAGUGUCUGGCUUACUGUCUUGUCAUGUUGAUUUGUUUUCCCUUUUCUUCUUCUUUUUUAUUAUGACCGAGAAAUAUAUUUGUCCAAAGAGAAGCAGUGUUAUUUAUUGUGAGGUAAAACGCUACCAUGUAAAGUGUGAGUCAUCUGCAAGCUGUAAAUUGCAUUUUCCCGAGCUGUAUAAACGCUUAUCAAUGUCAAUUCUGUAUCACAGAUGUUUAUUUCACACAUACUUGCAUGUUAGCUUGUGUUUAUUUAUUGGAAAAAAUGGAAACACGUAGGAAAAAACGUCACUCUUUAAUGUACAUGUAUAUUUCUGGUUUUGUUUACAGUUUAGCGUAACUGACCAAAGGGAUUUUAAAGUUUUGUGGUCCGACGCUGCAGGUUAACAUUAAAUGAGCCUUUUCUCAUAUAGGAAACUCCUGGCAAUUUGCUAAAGCGUCCUCAUUGAACAGCAGCAACAGCUCAACCUUUUGUCGAAAGUCGCAGCGGUUGAUACUUUGAGAAAAGUGUGCCAUUAAGCUUUUUUGUGUUGUUUGCCAAUAUUCUGCUCAACAUUGUGCUCCAUAUUGCUCUUGCAGAGCUAACAAAAG